UGUUCGUUCCUCAAUGGGCUCAGGCGGCGCGCUGCCCCGGCACCCAAGCCGGCAUGGGAUAAAAGAUUGCCCUCUCAGCGAAACUUAACCUGUGGGGUUUUGUUUCUUUUGGAGCAACAACUCAAUGAACUGAUGAUAGCAGUUAAAGUGCAUUUGGCAGCUGACUUUGUCACAGUAACAAGUGACUGCAAGAAGUGACAAACUGCAAAGGAUUUGUAUGUUCCCUGGCUACUGAGAAUAUGCACAGUAUCUCAGAUAUUGGAGUGGCUGCAGUUUCAACAUAGAUCAGUUUACUGCUUGUAAAGAUGUCGGUUAGCGCAACAGAGUGUGACCCUCCUAGAUUCUUUGUGGGUGGUGAAGAUGGAGAUGAAUUAUUGGAUUCAUCCAGAUCUGCCGACUUCGAUCAUUUCUAUGACCAUGCAGAGGAGGAGGAUGAAGAGUAUGAUUCUCCACCAGAAAGGCUGAUUGUGGUUGGGAUAUGUUCCAUGGCAAAGAAAUCCAAGUCCAAACCAAUGAACGAAAUUCUGGAACGCCUAUCCAUGUUUAAGUACAUCACAGUGGUAAUAUUUGAAGAGGAUGUCAUUUUGAAUGAACCUGUAGAAAACUGGCCUUUAUGUGACUGUCUCAUUUCUUUUCAUUCUAAAGGAUUUCCACUGGACAAAGCAGUUGCCUAUGCAAAACUCAGGAAUCCAUUUGUAAUCAAUGACUUGAACAUGCAGUAUCAUAUACAAGACAGGAGAGAAGUGUAUAGCAUCCUCAAAGCUGAAGGCAUUUUACUUCCUCGUUAUGCAAUUCUGAACCGUGAUCCAAACAACCCCAAAGAAUGCAAUUUGAUUGAAGGAGAAGACCAGGUGGAGGUGAAUGGGGAAGUUUUCCAAAAGCCAUUUGUAGAGAAGCCAGUAAGUGCCGAGGACCACAAUGUAUACAUUUAUUAUCCAACAUCUGCUGGUGGUGGAAGCCAGAGGCUUUUUCGAAAGAUUGGCAGCAGGAGCAGUGUUUAUUCCCCUGAAAGCAAUGUGAGAAAAACGGGCUCCUACAUUUAUGAGGAGUUCAUGCCUACAGAUGGCACUGAUGUAAAGGUAUACACAGUAGGUCCAGACUAUGCACAUGCUGAAGCUAGGAAGUCCCCAGCUUUGGAUGGCAAGGUAGAACGAGACAGUGAAGGAAAAGAAGUGAGAUAUCCAGUCAUCCUGAAUGCAAGAGAGAAGUUGAUUGCUUGGAAAGUGUGCCUUGCAUUUAAGCAAACAGUUUGUGGCUUUGACUUGUUGCGUGCUAAUGGACAAUCCUAUGUCUGUGACGUCAAUGGCUUCAGUUUUGUGAAGAACUCCAUGAAAUACUAUGAUGAUUGUGCGAAGAUACUUGGAAAUAUCAUAAUGCGAGAACUUGCUCCACAAUUUCAAAUCCCAUGGUCAAUACCUUUGGAAGCUGAAGAUAUCCCUAUUGUGCCAACCACAUCUGGAACAAUGAUGGAGUUGAGAUGUGUUAUAGCUGUAAUACGUCAUGGGGACCGUACACCAAAACAAAAAAUGAAAAUGGAAGUUAAACAUCAGAAAUUUUUUGAUCUCUUCGAAAAAUGUGAUGGAUAUAAGUCAGGAAAACUAAAACUGAAGAAACCCAAACAGUUACAGGAGGUGCUUGAUAUAGCAAGACAGCUCUUACUAGAACUUGGGCAAAACAAUGACUCUGAAAUUGAAGAAAGCAAAGCAAAACUUGAGCAGCUGAAGACUGUUUUGGAGAUGUAUGGGCAUUUUUCUGGCAUAAAUCGCAAAGUCCAGUUAACCUAUCUCCCUCAUGGCUGUCAGAAAACUUCUAGUGAAGAAGAAGAUAACAGAAGAGAUGAACCAUCCCUACUUCUGGUUCUGAAAUGGGGAGGAGAACUGACCCCUGCAGGCAGGGUCCAGGCAGAGGAGCUAGGGAGAGCUUUCAGAUGUAUGUACCCAGGUGGACAAGGAGAUUAUGCUGGAUUUCCUGGAUGUGGUUUGCUUAGAUUACAUAGUACUUAUCGACAUGAUCUGAAAAUCUAUGCUUCUGAUGAGGGACGAGUUCAGAUGACUGCAGCAGCUUUUGCAAAGGGAUUACUGGCUUUAGAGGGAGAGCUCACUCCUAUUCUUGUCCAGAUGGUGAAAAGUGCUAAUAUGAAUGGUCUGUUGGACAGUGACAGUGACUCUUUAAGCAGCUGCCAGCAUCGUGUUAAAGCAAGGCUCCAUGAAAUACUCCAGAGGGAUAGAGAAUUUAUGCCUGAAGACUAUGAAAAGCUUACUCCAUCUGGAAGCAUCUCUCUGAUGAAAUCAAUGAAGGUGAUCAGAAAUCCUGUGAGAACAUGUGACAAGGUUUAUUCCUUGAUCCAGAGUUUGACUUCUCAAAUCAGGCAGCGAAUGGAAGAUCCCAAGUCCGCGGAUAUUCAACUUUACCAUAGUGAAACACUAGAGUUAAUGCUGCGCAGGUGGGCCAAGCUGGAAAAGGACUUUAAAACAAAGAAUGGAAGAUAUGACAUCAGCAAAAUCCCUGAUAUUUACGACUGUAUAAAAUAUGAUGUCCAACAUAAUGGAUCCUUAAAAUUAGAAAACACAAUGGAAUUAUACAGGCUAUCAAAGGCAUUAGCUGACAUUGUGAUCCCUCAGGAAUAUGGUAUUUCCAAGGUUGAGAAACUAGAGAUUGCCAAAGGCUACUGCACUCCUCUAGUUAGGAAAAUUCGUUCUGACCUUCAGAGGACUCAGGAUGAUGACACUGUAAAUAAGCUUCACCCUCUAUACUCCAGAGGUGUUAUGUCUCCUGAACGUCAUGUUCGUACUCGGUUAUAUUUCACAAGUGAGAGUCAUGUCCACUCCUUAUUAUCAACUCUUCGUUAUGGUGCCUUAUGUGAUGAAUCAAAAGAUGAACAGUGGAAACGAGCUAUGGACUAUCUCAAUAUUGUCAGUGAACUCAAUUACAUGACCCAGAUUGUUAUCAUGCUCUACGAGGAUCCAAACAAGGAACUUUCUUCAGAGGAACGUUUUCAUGUGGAGCUUCACUUUAGUCCAGGAGCUAAAGGCUGUGAAGAGGAUAAAAACUUACCAGCUGGUUUUGGAUAUAGACCUGCCUCCCGAGAGAAUGAAGGCUCAAAGAAAACCUCCCAUAAAAAUGAUAGUGAUGAGGAGUCACAUACUUCUAAAAGGGAUGAAACGGAUCGAUCAAUAGUGGUAUUCAAGCCAAUGGUGUCAGACCCAAUUCACAUACACAGAAAGUCGCCCCUUCCAAGAUCCCGGAAGAUUGGUUCUGUUGAAGAAGAGAGCCCCCUGAGUGUGUCUAGCCCAGAGUGUAUUGGUACCUGGCUGCAUUACACCAGUGGUGUGGGUACUGGGCGUCGAAGACGCAGAUCAGGGGAACAAAUCACUUCUUCCCCUGUCUCCCCUAAAUCAUUGGCUUUCACAUCCAGUAUUUUUGGCUCAUGGCAACAGGUCCUCUCAGACAACAAUAGUAACUUACGAACACCAAGAACUAUACUGGAACAAAAGCAGAGUGGUUUAGGGUCUCACUGUGCGGGCCUGUUUAGCACCUCAGUACUCGGGGGUUCUUCGAGCGCACCUAACCUACAGGAUUAUGCUCGUACUCAACGUAAAAAGCUGACUUCUUCUGGCUGCAUAGAUGACACCACACGUGGUUCUGCUGUUAAAAGAUUUUCUAUCUCAUUUGCUCGACACCCAACCAAUGAACAUCCACACCUCUUUAGGUGCUGGUCCAUUUCCUCUGUGGAAUUUCUAAGCUCCAGUUUUGAACUAUAUUCCAUGGUGCCUUCCAUCUGCCCUCUAGAAACCCUGCACAACUCCCUGUCUUUAAAGCAGGUGGAUGAAUUUCUUGCCUCCAUUGCUGCUACUUCAAGUGACAACCUACCGGAGAUGUCUACUGCUUUAUGUUCUUCUUCAGCAUCUUCAAGUUCACUGUCUGGAAGAAAAAGUUCUUUAAAUACAUACACCCCUGCAAAGAUCCAACCAACACCACUUGCAGCCUUGCCUGAGAGGCUAGCAAUAGAGAAACCAACCUUAUCUACCAGUGGACCCUCCAAUGGCAUCUCUGAUGUUACUCCAUCUCCUAAAGAAUCUAGCUUGAUGUAAAAUUUGGUGAUGAAAC